UUUCUGAGCAACUGUUUUGACAGGAAAAUCGACAUUUUUUGAGGGACGAAAUGCAACCGACAAAAGCUAUGCGGAAGACCACUCGAGUUGACUUGACUGCCAUUGCAUUGAGCGGCUGCAGCAGCUGGUUGUUACUGUUGUUGUUGCUGGUUGCAGUGACGACGGCGGCUGGAGCAGCGGGCAAGGCAGACAGUCCGCGCCCGGCCUUCUUCCGACUCGAGGACGAACUCUUGCAUGUCAGCACGCUCUACCAUGCGGGCGAUGUGGCGCGCUCGACCGUGCUCAGGCACAGUGACGACAGGAAGAGCGUGUCGUUGGUCGAUUGGCCCUUUGGCAGCACCGACUUUGGCAGCGCGCCAGUGUCUGUGUCUGUGCUCGCUGCCGUUGCGUCCAAUGUCAAGUUGGGCGCGGGAACGCGGUACGGGAACGCGGUACAGGUCUCACGACGACCAAGAAUUUGUGUGCUACAUGACACAACCAGAGGACGACAACAAGGCUGCUGAAGAGCGUCCGUCCAUCACGCAACUAUUGGCGCCGAUGGCUGCGCAGUGCAUCUCGCAUAGCGUGGGCUGGUGGCAUUACGAGUUCUGCUAUGGACGCCAUGUCCGACAGUACCACACAAACAACGCGGGACAAGAGGAUGCCAGCUACAUUCUCGGAUACGACCGACACCACCAGUCAUUCGAUCACUCAGAUGCAGCAGCGCACCCCGAUGCCCAAAAAGACUCGGCAAGGGGCUCGAUUGAGCAAGAUGACGAGCUUACCCACCAGUACUUUGACGGAACCUUCUGCGAGCUGAUUGGCGCUCGUCGAAAAACAGAAGUCCGCUUCCACUGCGCACCAGACAAGCCAGAUCAUGUUCUAUCAAUCCGUGAAGUCGCCACCUGUGUGUAUGCGAUGGUCAUCAACACCCCGCGCGUGUGCUCGCAUCCGCAUUUUUCGACAGCUCAGAGCGCCACGCCGGGAGGUGUGCUCAAGCACCACCAGUCUGUCGUUUGUGCGCGCAUUGCGGAUACUUCCUCGCCGCGCGAGUCUGCAGUUCCCAGAGUCUCGGCAACAAUUCCCUCCGUCCCACACGACCCUGUUGCUCUCCACUGGGCUUCGCAAAAUACUCGGCUCCCUCCGCCACUGUUGGACAGGGAAGUCAAUGUCGAUGCACCUCCCGGCCCGGUCGUGUCCUUUCUCAAGCAGCCUCAGGAGCUGGAAUUUGCUCGCCAAACUGCCGUUGCAAUGCAGUUCUUGCUUGCAGACGCAAUCCCGGACGUGGGUGGCGCGGCAGACCAAGGCGGGGUCGAUCUGAACCAAGUACUGGCAGCCGUCACCCAAAACAACCAAGAAGCGGGAGCCUUUCGGCUGCCAGCUGGUGCCCAAUUAGAGACUAGUGUGGACGCAGAUGGAAAUCAGGUUGUGACCAUCAACUUGGGUCACAUUUCUGUGCAAUUUGGCGCGCAAAACGAACCAGGAUCGCAAUCAUCGAAUCAACAGCAGCAGUCGGACAAGCCCGAGCGGCAAUCCAACGGCCUGUUUGAAGCAGGUCCGAAUCACAACGGGCAGCGAGGGGUGGAGAUUGCCAAUUUUGGAAUGUCUGUCGAGAAGGAGGAGGAGGAGGACGUCGAGGUCGUUGAGAUGUCUGCCGAAAUGAAAGAGCAGGUUGCCAAGGCGCUUGCUGCAGGUCUACGAGAGGCCUUUGCUCGUAUGCAGAAUUCUCGAGGCCCGAAUGCUCACGCUGCACCAGCUGGACAAUUGGCGGGUAAUGAGCGCGAUUCGCAUCAGCAGCAGCAGCAACAGCCACAUCAACCACAACAGCAACAUCAACCACAGCAACAACCACUGCAACAACAACAACCACUGCAACAACAGCAACAACAGCAGCAACAACAGCAACUUGAACACCAAGAGCAAGAUCGGACACAGCAACCACAGGCCGCGCGCCCAAUUCGUCCGCUCACUGAGGAAAAAAGACAACGUCAAAUGGAGCAACACCGUCUCAGGCAACAACACCAGCGACCAGGAGCCCAAGCUGUGCCUUGACAUGUUGUUUGUGCAAUGUUGAAUGUUGCUGUCCAACACACAUGAAUGAAUACACAAUGCCCAGCGACGC